GCUCCAGAGGUACAUUACCGGUAUUCGACAAUGUCACCAUGAGUAGGACUGACGAAAUUGUUCCACCAGAAAGUGUAGUACUCCCAUUCCCCCACCACUCAUUUCGGUGGAAUAAUUUCGCCAGUCCUAACGUGAUCCCCCGCGUCGCACGUUCUUACUUCCUAACCUCAACUAAUGUUUACACUUCUGACAUAGGGGCGAUAUGAGCAACAGAGGGUUGAUGUAAUCUCCGGCGUAAUUGAAUAACUUUAAUUGAUUUGUUAUAGUGGGUAGAAAAAAAUUGCAAUGGAGCGACGAGAGAUUUGUCAAUAUUUUGACCACAUUAUCAAAAAUGAGAAGGAUGUAUCUGCUGGUAUGGCGGCGAUUCGAACCUUAUUGAAGAUUUUGGAGCUUUCUCAGUCUGAAACUGUUCAAGAAUUACGAUAUCGCCUACAAGAGGCGAUAGAUGCAAUGAGAUCCAUGGACUACCCAGUGACAUCAAUUGCCUCAGGAGCUGAACUUUUCCUUAGAUUCAUCACAUUGGCUACUCUUGACACGCCGUCUUUUGCAGAAUGUAAAGGAAUUAUGUUGCAUCGGGGCAAAGUGUUCUAUGAAAAAUUGGUGGCAUCUCGAGGAAAAGUCGCUAAAGUUGCUGCUAAUUUUAUAACCGAUGGUUGUAAAAUUUUGACACACUCGAAAUCUCGAGUUGUUCUCCAUGCAAUGAAAGAAGCAGCUGCGAAUCACAAAAUAUUCCAGGUCUACGUAACGUAUUCGGCCCCAGAUAACAGUGGACAAGAGAUGUAUGCAAACUUAACAGAGUUGGGAGUCUCCUGCAUCCUAAUUCUCGACUCUGCUGUGGGCUACGUCAUGGAACAAGUGGAUAUGGUGAUGGUGGGUGCAGAAGGUGUCGCUGAGAGUGGUGGAGUCAUAAAUAAAGUCGGAACGUACACUCUAGCAAUGUGUGCUAAAGAAAUCAAAAAGCCUUUCUAUGUAUUGACUGAGAGUUUCAAAUUCUCCAGGAUAUACCCUCUCAAUGAAAUUGAUCUUCCAGACGAGUUCAAAUACACAACAAGUACCCGAGAGAAAAACUUGCAAAACGAGCAUCCACUGGUCGACUACACUCCGCCCCAAUACAUAAAUCUCCUCUUCACCGACCUUGGGAUCAUGACACCAUCAGCAGUGAGCGACGAGUUGAUAAAACUUUAUUUAUAAUAAAAGAAAAGAGGAAAAUAAAAACAUCUUAAAGAA